GAUAACCACACGUGCAUGUUGUUAUUCAUAUAUUACCUGUCUGUUGCAGCUGUUUUACAACAAUUUAGUGAAUUUAUAUGAUCAUUUUCUCCUUGAAAUAUUUCUUCUGUGUCUGAAAAUGAACACUGAAAUGAAUGAACACGGAAAAGAAGACGAAGAUUGUCUGUUUCUUGAAAAAGUGCUGGAUAAACUGUACGACUUUGGUAACAAACCAACAACAAAAAAGAAGUCUAAGAAGAAAAAACGAAAGAGGUGUGAGGAAGAAGAUGAUCCUGAAAACGCCUGCAGUGACGACAACGCAGCAGAUCACCAGCAUCAGCAAUCAAGACCUGAGCAAACAGAUGAGCUCAUUCAACAGAAGAACCAGGUGGAGGUUGUGAUUUUUCAGGACCCCAGAAAGAAACUUAAGACCAAACAGACUCCAGUACCUGAAAACACACCUUUUCAGCCCCUUCAGACCAAAGAGAAGAAGCAUAAAGAGCAGCCGGAAGAGCUCAGUUUGGAGAAGGCUCGACUGGAGGUUCAUCGCUUUGGAAUCACAGGAUAUAAGAAGGAGGAGCAGCGAGUGUUUGAACAGGACCGAGCAGUGAUGCUGGGAGCUCGGCCUCCAAAGAAGGAGUACGUCAACUACAAAGUUCUACAGCAGCAACUUAAAGAGAAGAAGCAGAAGGAGAAGGAGGAGGUUCACCCGGACCUGAAGAAGAAGAAGAAGCAGAAUAAUCCUAGGGAUAAAAAGAAGGCCACCCCAUCUGGUCCUGGUUCUGGUUCUGCUCCGUCGGGGCAGGUGGGCCGCUUCAAGAACGGCAUGUUGAUCCUCAGCACCAAAGAGAUCCAGAAAAUCAAAGGGUCAAAGAGAGGCAGAUAGUCUCCAAAGGUGGUCUGAUGAAUGCACUGAAGUCUGGUCAACAUGGGGUUCUGAAACCGAUGACCCAGGAGCCUCUACAACCGGGUUCUUCUCGGUUCUUGGUCCAAUCAGAGGGUUUGGAGCAGGAGGUCGCAUCAGCAUCAGCACUGGGGAAAAGUGACCACAGAAGAAGACAGAUGUUAUUUAAUGAUGAGCUGGAACCGUUCCAGACACCUCCUAGUGUGUGUUCAGACCAGACAUGACAGCUGGUACCAGGUCUGAACACGACCAUCAUCUGUUCAGGAACUUCUACCA